UCCAGUCUGGUGUUGAGUGGGGCAGUCACUUUCUUCACCUCCUCCAAUUUCCAACAGAAGGAAGCUGGCACCAGACACAGGACUGGGAUUCUUGACACACCAAAAGCAGGAGUGAAUUUGUCAGGUAACUGGACCUGGUCAUCGCUGCCAGAGCUUUCCAUCUACUCAAGGAAUCAAGUCUGCAAGCCGCUGACAGGAACCUUCAUAUCUGUGCUUUUGGGAUCAGUUAAAACACACAUGCCACCACUGUCUUCCCAGAGCACCGGAAUAAAGCAGAAUAAAGCAGUAUCGUUGGGAGUAACCAACUGUGGGAAACAGUGAAUUAAUUCCCGGACACAUUAGGGAGCCUUGGGCAUGGUGCCAGAUAAGCAGGUCCUGCCAGGGGUGACAGAGGUGACCCCCAGGGAUGACUGUGCCUCAGCCUGCCAGGACUUUCUUCCUGAGCCCCGCUGGCAGCAGCAAAGCUGUGCCCUUAGGAGCCCUCACACAGUAGCCCAAAAUGUUGGUUGUCAUGCAAGCCACACUGCCUCUGACAGGCGGCUGUGCUGGCCACUGGCAGGUGUGGAGGGCUCCAUCCUGUGGCUCUUAGCUCAAGCCAUGCCAUUUUUUCCUCUGCACCCAAUUAACUUCUCAAAGACCCAUCCUGAAGGACUAGAUUUGUCAAGAGAACUGACAAGCCGGAGGAUUUGUAGAGCUGGUUGCCACAGAGCCAAGGCGGUAAUCCAAAGAGCUGUUUCCUGGUGGGUCAUUUGCAUACUUUGCCUGACUUCAGCAGAAAUCUGCAGCAGAGAGCCCCGAGCUGGAGAGCACCUGCAAUGGAAGAAUUCAGAAUCACAAGUAAUGGGUCUAAAUUGGCAGGCUUUCAUGAAAGUCCCACCAAUCUUCAAGUAUACAGCUGCCAUGGGUCACAUAAAAUCAACGUGGAUGGAACUAGAAGGAAUUAUGCUCCGCGAAAUAAGCCAGAAGGAAAAAGAAAAAUAUCGGAUGGUUUCACUUAUAGCAAAAAUAUGGGGGAACCAGGUAAGACAUCAGUGUAAAAAAAUAAUAACAGUACAAAACACAACAAAGCAGAAUGGACAAUUAUAAAUCAGAGACACACUGCAGGGAAG